AUGAACAGAGCGCGCAAGACUUGGCUGCUGUACCAGACACUGACCGCCGCGCUCUUCUUCGUCUUCUUCUUCUAUGCCUUCUUCUGUUCCGUUAAUCCAUCGGCCUCAAACCUACACUCCACCGGUUUUUUCCCCGCUUCACUGGAAAAUACUUCCCAAGAAAGCUCGAAUCCCUCCCCAGUGAACGUUUACCUCUACCGUCUCCCGAGAAAAUUCACGUAUGGCGUCGUCGAGCACUUCUGGAGGGCACGUGGGUUUACCGACUCGGAAAACCGCGGGUACCCGAGUCACCAACAUUCCGCGGAGUGGUACUUGUUCCUGGACUUAACGACCCGACACGAACUCUACUGGGCGGGGUCACCGGUCAUCCCGGUCUCGCAUCCUGAAGAGGCGGAAAUGUUUUACGUCCCAUUCUUCUCUUCGUUGAGCUCGAUCGUGAACAAGAACCAACUCCCCAGCAGUUCAAAUUUGAUCAAACAGUACGAUGACGCGAAGGCUCAGGAGGAGUUGGUGGCUUGGUUGGAAAACCAGGGUCCAGAAGUACUGGACGAGGAACGAGGGGCGGGACCACGUGUUGGUAUGGCAGAAUCCGCAAGCGCUGAACCGGGUAAGAGACCGUGUCAAGAACGCGGUGUUGCUGGUGUCGUGUUUCGGACGGGUAAGACGCGACCAAGGACGUGGUCGUGA